AUGACCUCGAAAGCGUCCCCUGGUCAAGAAACUCCACAACACUACGCCUACCUCCGGCAUUCUUUUCUGCCCCAGGUGAGGUGGGAGCAGUUUAUCGCGGGCUUGGCCGGCGGGGCAAUGAGUACGUUGGUGUUGCACCCUUUGGAUCUGGCCAAAAUUCGUCUUCAAGUCAACGAAGGCACAGGUGCUGUCACUGCUCGCCCGCGUAGUACUCGUUUGAUAGGCACCUUAAGCGAAGUGUACAAAGCUCGUGGUCUUCUUGGGCUAUACCAGGGCAUCACGCCCAACCUUCUAGGAGCAGCAUCUGCAUGGGGCCUCUACUUUUUCAUGUAA